AUGCCACUUCGAGAAGUACCACACAAAAGAGAACGCCGACCACAUAUCUACGUCUCGGUUUUACCAGCACUCGAGAAUAUCUUAUAUGGGGAUAAUUUGUCGGCUAUCAUUGCCAAACAUACGAACGUAGUCAAAGAUUUGUUGGCAUGGUUUCCUUAUGGUGUUCUGCAUUUCACGUUGCCGUUUAUUACUAGCACGGGACUUUGGUGGUUCGGUCCUCCAGGGAUAUUGGCGGUUUUUGCACGUGCUUUCGGGUACAUGAACAUUGCGGGUGUCUUAACUCAAUUAUUGUUCCCUUGCUCACCUCCAUGGUAUGAAUAUACAUACGGUAUGAACACACCCGCAAAAUAUUCAAUGCCAGGACAUCCCGGGGGUCUAGCACGUAUUGAUGCACUUUUCAGCUCACAUACAUACACCACAACCUUCAGCGGAUCACCAAUGGUAUUUGGCGCAUUCCCAUCACUGCAUUCUGGCUGUGCCAUCAUACAGGCAUUAUUCAUUUCCUAUGUGAUCCCAAAGUCCCGGAUAUUUUGCAUUGCGUACGUGAUGUGGAUCUGGUGGGCGUGCAUGUAUCUCACGCAUCAUUAUAUGGUGGAUUUGGUCGGCGGGGGAAUUUAUGCCGUAAUGUCAUUUUGGUUCUCGUGGAAAUGGCUGCCUACUGUGCGUUAUGAAUUAUCUAACCGAAGGGAUUAUAUAAAAGACAAUUUGUUACCGAGAACGGUUGAUGAUACAGAAAGAACUCCGAUGUAUGCUAGGAUUGUUUCACCAUCCUCACGUGAUGCAAGUAUUGAUAUGGAUAGUCAAGUGAUUGGAGAUAAAAAUGCCGAACUUUCCAUUUCUUUAGAACUUUAUGAUAGUAACGAUGAACUUGAUUUAGGAAAGGGAAUUCAUCAUUACCAGCAUCCUAAUAUUGUUGCUGCUUCGGUUAGUAUCGACGAUUCUGAUGAUAUCGAAGCUCGAUAG